UUUGACUAUCAGAUUUUGACAGAAACAGUAAACUUUUAAGGUGAAUUUUAAACUUAUUAAAAAUGCUUAAUUUGUAUUCAUGGGGUGCUAACUCACAUGGUCAGUUAGGACAAGGGCUUGUUUCAGAACAAUGUCCAAAACCAUCAGUAGUGCAUUUUUCAAAAUUAAACUCUAUUACUAAAGUAAUUGGUGGUGGAGGACACUCUUUUAUAAUUCUUGAAUCAGGGCAAGUCUAUGGUUGCGGAUCCAAUAAAAAUGGCCAGUUAGCUUUAGAUGAGCAAGUUCAAAAUGCAACCGAAUUUCAAUUAAUAGUUUCCUUGGGAGAGCAUUUAGUUAGAGAUAUUGCUUGUGGUUGGAACUCAACCAUUGCUUUGACUGAAAAUAAUAUAGCCUUAGUAUGGGGUUCAAAUUCACACUUACAAUUAGGUUUAUCAAAUAAAUCGAAUUAUUACAAACCUCAUGUGUUAGAUUAUUCUGUUAGAAGUAUAUCAAUGGGUUUACGGCAUAUGGCAAUUUUGUAUGAAAAUGGUUCAUUAGCUACAGCAGGAUCAAAUUCUAAAGGCCAACUUUGUUUAUUUGAUGAAUUGAAAAAUCCUGUAAAACAGUCCAAAUUAGUAGUUGUUCCAGAUAUGCAUGAUAUUAUUAAAGUAGCUUGUGGUCAAAAUCAUACAAUAACUCUUACAGCUAAUGGAGAACUUUAUGGUUUUGGUGAUAAUCGCUUUCAUCAAAUUUGUGCCAACAGCCCUGAUUCAAUAAUAUAUGUACCAAAAAGAAUAUUGAUAUGUGAUUAUUUACCAAUAGAUAGCAAAAUUCUUUGUGGUUGGACUCAUAAUGCUAUUUCGACUGUAGACGGUAAUGCCAUAUUGUGGGGUCGAAAUAAUUAUGGCCAGUUAACAGGGACAUCAUCAGGACCUGUAGUAAUAAAUAAUGUAUAUUCUUUAGCAUUGGGCAGUGAACAUUGCUUGUGUAUUGAUAAUGAUCGAAUUCUUUAUACUUGGGGAUGGAAUGAGCACUGCAAUUGUGGAAUAGAAAAUUGUGAUGUUGUGAUCGAAAAAACAUUCUUAGCUAAUGAUUGCCUUAAAAUUGGGACUGGUUUUGGGUAUAGUUUUGCUGUUUUAAGUUGUUGUAACUAAUUGUAUAUGUAACUAGUAUUAAUAAUUUUAUAAUAUG